GAUGCAUCGCGAUGCGGGGGUAGACGAUUCUGCAUCGAUGCAGUAAUAACCCAUAAUCGAUUAUAGCCUGCUGACGUCAUUCGUCACGUACAGGUAUGUGGCGGUAGAAAAAUGGCGGAGGGUGGUGAGACACGCGUGAUAAAAAAUGCACCGGGUAUUUUAAAAGCCGAUGUCUGGGAUCAUUUCGGCUUCUAUGAACAUGCUGGUAAGCACGAACUGGACAAGACACACGCUGUGUGUAAAGCAUGUCGUGCACAAAUAAAGUAUUUAGGCAAUACAACUAAUUUAAGAAACCACGUUAACCGUUUUCACCCGGAGCUGCUAAAGGAUGCAAGUGGCAAGGCUGCCAGCGCAAAGACAGACCCAACUCAGCAGAAAAUUGAUCAAGCAUUAUCAACUUUGCCGUUGAACUCUGAGAAAGCGAAGAGAAUAAACAGAUCUGUGGCAUCUUUCAUUGCAAAGGAUUUACGGCCCUAUUCUGUAGUGGAAAACAUCGGGUUUCGCCACCUGAUAAAGACGCUGGAGCCGCGCUAUAAGCUUCCGUCACGCAGCCACUUUGCAGAAACAGUCAUACCCGAACUGUACAACGAAGCCAAAGUUCAGGUUAUGUCAUCAAUGAGCCAAGCUAUUCGUGUAGCAAUAACGUGUGAUUCCUGGACUUCGGUAGCGACCGAGUCUUACGUAACAAUAACGUCGCAUUACAUUAGCCAGGACUGGAACAUUUUAUCACAUGUGCUGCAAACUAGAGCUGUUUACGAGUCUUACACGGGUGCUCAUCUGGCUGAGCUUCUUUCUCAGGUUGUGGCAGAAUGGCAGCUAUCGGAUAAAGAUGUAGUACUUGUGACAGACAAUGCGUCAAAUAUGAUCGUUGCAGCGCAAGUCGGAAAAUUCUCGCAUGUCAAAUGCUUCGCCCAUACGCUAAAUCUCGCGUGCCAGCGGGCGCUUAAAGGGGCCACGCUCUCCAGGCUUCUGGGCAGAGUAAGACGAAUAUCAUCAUUCUUCCACCGUAGCACCACAGCGAGCCACUCCCUGAAAGUGAAACAGCAAUGUUUGGGACUUAGCAAUCAUAAGCUGAUUACUGAUGUUGCAACAAGGUGGAACAGUGCAUUUGAUAUGCUCGAUAGGUUCUUGGAACAACAACCAGCAAUCUGUGCCACCUUGCUCUCUCCAGAAGUCAGAAAAGGGGAGUCAGACCUGUUCACUCUGACAGACACAGAUGUGACAAAUGCAGAGGAUGCUGUGAAUGCAUUAAAGCCAAUGAAGGAUGCGACCACACUGAUGUCAGAAGAGAAAAAUCCAACAGUGUCUCUCAUUGCUCCUCUAAAUGCACAACUUAUCCAGAAUAUGGCAGACACCACUGGAGACUCACCUUUGGUCCGUGAGAUUAAAAAUGCAAUUAAAACAGAUCUUAUGAAGAGGUACAACAGUGAGGCAGAGAAGAAGGUUCUUUAUACCACCUCUGCUCUAGAUCCCCGGUUUAAGGGAAUGCCUUUUCUCACCGAGCAGGAAAAACUGGAGAUAUACAGAGGAGUGAUUGUGGAGGCUGCAUCUUUGGAGUUUAAUGCUAUUUUCUAUUAUUUUGUUCAAACACAGAAUGAGUGUACACCUAGCAGAACAGAAGUGUGUGAUGCGCCUGGAAGAACAGGAACCCUGGAAGAAGAAACACCCAUGGGGGACUGCCCCUCUGCUCCCAAACGAAAGGCCUCGUCGCUGCUUGUGAGUUUGCUGGGACAGUCUUUCACUGACACUGAAGGUACAGUUGAACCCAAGACUCAUUAUGCCAGGGCUGAAGAAGAAAUGGAGGCAUACUGUAAAGCUCCAUCUCUGCCUCUCACUGAGGACCCUUUAAGCUGGUGGCGUGUCCAUGAGGUCACAUUUCCUCUCCUUUCUCGGCUCUCUAAGCGGUACUUGUGUAUCCCAGGCACAAGCGUAUCUGCAGAGCGUGUUUUCUCCACUGCAGGAGAUGUGGUCACGGCUAAAAGAAGCACACUCAAACCAGAGCAUGUAGAUCAAUUAGUGUUCUUACCAGAGCUCAGCCGUUCAGGUGCACAAGCCUCAGUAGUGACGGUGACCGAACAGCUCACGGAGCAAAGCAGUAUGUCUAGGUGGUUUAAUGUCAGACUGAACCCAUCGCAGAGAGGAAGUCUGCCGUGA